GCGGCACGGCCCCAAUGCACUGCACCGGAAUGAUACAGGUGUUGGACCCGAGACCCUUGCCGAGCUCCAUCAUGCCUGUGGACGUGGCCAUGCGAAUUUGCUUAGCCCAUUCUCCACCGCUGAAGAGCUUUCUCAGCCCCCUCGAGGACUGCCAAAGAAAAAACUUUGUGAAUAGACUCAAACCUCUCAGACCGUGCCUUCAUGUGAAACGUGACUCUGAAGCUCAGCAGAGCGACUGGAACCACUCGUCAGCCCGAGCCAAGAAGCGAGUCGUGUUUGCGGACUCGAAGGGGCUGUCCCUGACGGCGAUACACACCUUCUCUGAGUUCCAGGAGCACCCUGGGUGCGAUCUUCAGUUUGACCUCUUAGGCAUCGAAGACAUAACAUCUGACCUAAAAUUGCAUGAGGAGAAAAACUUGAUUCUGGGUUUCCCUCAGCCCUCAGCUGACUACCUGGACUUCAGGAACCUCCUGCAGAAGAACUUGGUCUGCCUGGAGAACUGCACCCUGCAAGAGAAGGUGUUGUCAGGCACUGUGAAAGUAAAAAACGUGAGCUUUGAGAAGAAGGUUCAGGUUCGAAUUACUUUUGAUACAUGGAAGACCUACAGGGAUGUUGAGUGUGUAUACAUGAACAAUGUUUACAGCGAUUCUGAAAAUGAUACCUUCUCAUUUACCAUCGAUUUACCUUCUGCCAUUUCCUCUGAAGAGAAGAUAGAGUUUUGCAUUUCUUACCAAAGUGAAGGACAUACCUUCUGGGACAAUAAUGAGGGUCAGAAUUACAAGAUUGUUCAUGCAGAGUGGAAGCCUGAUGGUGUUCAGAUACCAUCUGCCAAGAAAGACUAUGUAGAUCGUCAAACUCAACGGAGAGGACAAGAGAGAGAGCCUGAUCAGCUUGGCAGUCCGAGGCUGUCCAGUGGCCUCUUUCCCCAGUGGCAGAGCUUGGGUCAGAUUGAAAAUUCAUCACCAUAUUGGUGAUCCAUAAUACCAAGGAAGCAUUCUUCUAUUUGGCAACAGAACAGCAUUAGUUUUCUGGUGCACAUACUACAUGAUGAAAGCACCUAGCAGGUUUUGUUUGCUAUCUGAAGAAAUCCAAAUUCAUUAGUCUGUGGGACUUGUUAAACCAUAUUACACUACUGAAGUUCUUAGCCAAACCUUAUCCUUGGAAGGAAAGAAAACCAAGGUAAAAACCCACGCGUAUGCCACCUGCUAUAGAAAUAGCGUGCCUGUAUCUCAAGUAUAUGCUGCUUUCUUUCUGCUGUCAGGUCUCCCAGCUCACUCCAGGGGACAGACUUGCAAAGUAGUAUGGAAGGCAA